AUGGAGGAGCGAGGCCAGUGGAGCAACAAGCUGGAGUUCAUCCUGUCGGUCGCCGGCUCCAUCAUCGGCCUCGGCAACAUGUGGCGCUUCCCUUACCUCUGCUACAAGAACGGAGGAGGUGCCUUCCUCAUCCCGUACCUGAUCUUCCUGUUCACCUGUGGUGUUCCUGUCUUCUUCCUGGAGACAGCGCUGGGUCAGUUCACCAGCGAGGGAGGCAUCACCUGCUGGAGGAAAAUCAGUCCCUUGUUUGAAGGUCUUGGCUACGGCACCCAGGUGAUCGUGACUCUGUUAAACUUCUACUACAUCAUCGUUCUGGCCUGGGGGAUUUUCUACUUGUCUUACUCCUUUUCUUGGGAUCUGGCCUGGUCAUCCUGCAACAACACGUGGAACACAGAAAACUGCGUGGAGUUUCAGAGAAGAAACACCUCCAUCAACCAAACGAUCGACCUGAACGCCACCUCUCCCGUCAUGGAGUUCUGGGAGAUUUCCCCGGGCCUCGACCACAUGGGCACUCUGAACUGGGACCUGGCCUUGUGUCUGCUCAUCGCCUGGGUCAUGUGCUACUUCUGCAUCUGGAAGGGGGUGAAGUCCACGGGAAAGGUGGUCUACUUCACCGCGACCUUCCCCUAUCUGAUGCUGAUCGUGCUGUUGAUCCGAGGACUCACCCUGCCUGGUGCUGGAAUCGGCAUCCAGUUCUACCUUUACCCCGACUUAGGCCGACUGUCGGACCCUCAGGUGUGGAUGGAUGCCGGCACUCAGAUCUUCUUCUCUUACGCCAUCUGUCUGGGGUCUCUGACUGCUCUGGGCAGCUACAACAAAUAUAACAACAACUGCUACAAGGAUUGUUUGGCUCUCUGCUUCCUGAACAGCGGCACCAGUUUCGUGGCCGGCUUUGCAAUCUUCUCCAUCCUGGGUUUCAUGGCUUAUGAACAGAACGUUCCCAUCUCAGAAGUGGCAGAAUCUGGUCCUGGACUGGCCUUCAUCGCCUACCCCCGAGCUGUGUCCAUGAUGCCUUUCUCUCCUUUGUGGGCCGCCCUCUUCUUCAUCAUGAUCGUCUUUCUGGGGCUGGACAGCCAGUUUGUGUGUGUUGAGAGCCUUGUGACAGCGAUAGUCGACAUGUAUCCCGCCGUGUUUCGACGUAAGAACCGCAGGGAGCUCUUCCUGUUGGCCGUGGCCCUCUUCUCCUUCCUCAUGGGCCUCAUCAUGCUGAUGGAGGGGGGCAUGUACGUCUUCCAGCUCUUUGAUUAUUAUGCAGCCAGUGGCAUGUGUCUCCUCUUCAUGUCCAUCUUUGAGACCGUCUGCAUUGCCUGGGUCUACGGUGCGGAUCGCUUCUACGACAACAUCGAGGACAUGAUUGGUUACCGGCCCGGACCUUACAUCAAGUACUGCUGGUUGUUCUUCAGUCCAGCCACCUGCAUUGGUACCUUCGCCUUCUCCCUCAUUAAAUACACUCCUCUGAAGUACAACAACGAGUACGUGUAUCCGUGGUGGGGUUAUGUGAUCGGCUGGCUGCUCGCUCUCUCCUCCAUGGUCUGCAUCCCGCUUUGGAUGGUGUACAAGAUCAGCACCACCCAGGGAACUCUCAAGGAGCGCAUCCAGUUGCUCAUCACACCAUCUGACGAUUUACCCAAAACCAAGAGGGAGCAGGAGCAGUUACUGGCCAUCUUCGCUCCUGAGACCGAUGCCGCCAAAGCUACAAACGGCUACUUCCCCGUCUCGGACACAGAUGCCAACUUAUGAGGCCUCGGCGGCAACGUGCACGAGACCCCCUGCGUGGGUUUUUCAUCUUUGACUUGCUGAAAGAUCUCUGCAAGAAAGUACCACAUUAUACACUUUAAUACAUAACAGAAACGGAGGACUCAGG